CAGGUAUACCUAAAAUGAGAAACCGUCCAACUAGGAAAGCCAGUGCCAAAGAAGGUGCAGUAGUGCAUGAUGAGACAGGACCCCGGAAGUCAAUCAAAGCCCGGAAGAGGAAAUAUGAAGAUAGACAAAUUAAUGAAGUUAACACCCCUACAAAAGACAACAAACAAAGAAAAUUACAAAAUGAUCAUAGUACGAAUAGAAAGGCAUCAACAUCGAUAAGAGGACCUAGAAACCAGUCUAUGGCGAAAGGAAACCCUAGAAGAAAGCGGAAUAAAAUGCAUGAUGAAAAAAUAAAAAGAUCGCUGAACAAAUCUGAAGAAAUUACCACACAUAAAUCAGUUUUGCAGACAAAGGAACCUAAGAGAGUAACUAGGUCUUCAUCUAAAAGUGCUGGUAACAGUAAAAAAGGAGUAAACAAGGACUCCGAUUCCAAACUGAGGCAGCAGAUAAAAGGAACUCGAGAAAGGAAGAGGCGUCUUCCGAAACAGACCAACAAAACGAGAGAAAAUAAGCAGCCAAAGACCUCUAAACUCCAAGGUAAAGGCUUUGUUGUUAAAAAGUCUAAUCCAAAGAAAGAAAAAGAACAUCGUCAAAGUACACAAGCUGAAAGAAUGAAAAAGUUAAAAGCAAAUAAAAACAGGGACAUUGUUAAGAAAAAGGAAAGCAGCUUGAUAAACAAAACAAAGGAUAUUGAAACAUCGACAACUCACACUUCUGAUGAAUAUUUUUCUGACUUAUUUCUUAAGAAAAUCUCAGUACA